UUUGGAUGGUCCUGGGUGCAUUCCGGGUCCCUCACACGUGGUCGGGACCAUGGUGCUGGGCCGGAAAGGGGCGGGAGGAGGCGCCGACCGGGCCGCGCAGACUGGGGUCCGUGGCUCGGCGUCGCCGCCCGUGCUGCCCCGCGGCGGGGCCGCGACAGGGACCGCGGGUCCACGNAGUCGGAGGGCGGCCGCCGCGCGUGGGGACCCGGCUCAGUCUAGGGACGGGUCCGACGACGACGAUGUGGAGGCAUAUCGGACCAGACGAUCUGGCACCCAAAGAGGCGAAUCACUGUCCUGCGGGAAGACACAAGCAAACCCUCGACCCGCAGACAGUGUGACCUUUGAGGACCUGGCCGUGUACUUCUCCUGGGAGGAAUGGGGUCUCCUUGAUGAGGCUCAGAGACGCCUGUACCACGAUGUGAUGCUGGAGACCUUUGAACUCACAACAUCCCUGGAUUGUUUGUGUCGCAUAGAGGAUGAGGAGUCCCCUUCGGUACAGAAUGUUUCUCUGGGAAGGACACCACCAAUCGGGACGUUGGGGCCAAAUCUGUCCCCCCAGAAGGUUCAUCUCUGUGAGAUGUGUGUUCCUGUCAUGAAGGAUAUUUUGUACCUUGCUGAUCAUCGAGGAACACAUACUGAGCGGAAAUCCGACACAUGUGUGGCAUGUGGGAAACAAUCCUGUUUCAGUGCAGAUCUUCACCAACAUCAGAAUGAGCACAGUGGGAAAAAGCCCGAUAGCAAGGGCAUGGACGGGGCUUCCUGUGGGAAGAGCUAUAGAGGCCAUUCAUCAGGGAAGCUUUUCACCCUUGGAGGGGUUGAGAAGGACUUCCUGGCCAGUGUGGGUCUUCUCCAGCAUCGGGCCACUCCCGAGGCAGUACUGAGUACACACAGCAGUACUAAGCGGGAGGAGGCCUUUCGCAGUGGACAAAGCUCUUACAGGUGUGGGGAAUGUGGGAAAGCCUUCAGUCACAAAGAAACACUUGUUCAGCACCGGAGAAUUCACACUGGAGAAGGACUGCUUGAGUGCAGUGACUGUGGGAAAACCUUCAGCUACAGGCGUACCUUUGUUCAGCAUAAGACAGUCCACACUGGAGUAAAGCCUUUUGAGUGCAGUCAAUGUGGAAAGGCCUUCAGUUGCAAAUCUAAACUUGUCCAGCACAACCAUACUCACACCGGAGAAAGGCCUUAUGUAUGUAGUGAAUGUGGGAAAGGUUUUAGGUGCAAAUACAAACUUAUUCAGCACCAGAGAAUUCACACUGGAGCAAGGCCUUAUGAGUGUGCCGAAUGUGGCAAAUCCUUUAAACAAAGCUCCAGCCUUGUUCCACAUCGGAGAAUUCACACUGGAGAAAGGCCUUAUGAGUGUGCUGAGUGUGGCAAAUCCUUUAAACAAAGCUCCGGCCUUGUUCACCAUCGGAGAAUUCACACUGGAGAAAGACCUUAUGAAUGUGGCGAAUGUGGAAAGUUUUUUAGCCACAGCAUUAGCCUUGUCACACACCGGAGAGUUCACACUGGAGAAAGGCCUUAUGAGUGUGCUGAAUGUGGCAAAUUCUUUAGACAAAGCUCCAGCCUUGUUCAGCAUCGGAGAAUUCACACUGGAGAAAGGCCUUAUAAGUGUAGUGAGUGUGGCAAAUCUUUUAAACAAAGCGCCGGCCUUGUUUACCAUCGGAGAAUUCACACUAGAGAAAGGCCUUAUGAGUGCAGUGAAUGUGGAAAAUCCUUUAGCCGAAACUAUAGCCUCAUUCAACACCAUAAACUUCACACUAGAUAAAGGCCCCCAGGGCAUAGCCAACACGACAAUUACAAGUGCAGCGAAUGCGGGAAGGCCUUCAACCGCAAAGACACGCUCGUCCAGCACCAGAGAAUCCACACUGGGGAAAGGCCCUACGAGUGCGGCGAGUGCGCGAAGGCCUUCAGCCGCAAAGCCACACUGAUCCAGCACCAGAGAAUCCACACCGGGGAAAGGCCCUACGAGUGCAAAGAAUGUGGGAAAGCCUUUAGCCGCAAAGACAACCUUACUCAGCACAAAAGAAUUCACACUGGAGAAAUGCCUUACAAGUGCAGUGAGUGUGGAAAGUACUUUAGCCAUCACUCCAACCUCAUUGUACACCAGAGGGUUCACAAUGGAGCGAGGCCUUAUAAGUGCAACAACUGUGGGAAAGUCUUCAGACACAAAUCCACCCUUGUUCAGCAUGAGAGUAUCCAUACUGGAGAAAAUCCUUAUGUUUGCAGUGAUUGUGGGAAAUCAUUUGGCCACAAGUACACCCUCAUUAAACACCAGAGAAUUCACACUGAAGCAAGGCCUUUUGAGUGCACUGACUGCGGGAAAUUCUUUAGUCGAAGCUCUGACUUUAUUGCACACCAGAGAGUUCACACAGGGGAAAGGCCAUUUGUGUGCAGCAAAUGUGGGAAAGAUUUCAUCAGAACAUCCCACCUUGUUAGGCACCAAAAAGUUCACACUGGAGAAAGGCCAUACGAGUGCAACGAAUGUGGGAAAGCCUAUAGUUUAAGCUCCCACCUCAUUCGGCACCAGAAGGUCCACACUGCAGGACGGCUUUAGGAGAGCUUUCAAUACAAUAGGACUCCUAAGGAGAGAGGCUUUGUUUACCCUUGGAGAGGAAGGUACCGGUCAGAUGGGAUCCUCAUACAUCUGAACGUUAGCACUGGGGAGAGACCUUAAUGCCAGGUCCAGGGAAGCUCUCGUGGCUAGAGUUGCACUUACAGACCCGCUCAGGUUCCUUGCCAGAUUUGUCUCCCAAAGCCUGUGGCUGAAACCAUCUCAGCUCUACCAGCUUAGUUACCAUAUGUCUCAGGGAAGGUAGAACUUUGUCAUCUCCAGUCCCUGGAGGGAAUUAUGAGAAUCCUGAAUUAAAUGGGCUUUCUCAUUCCCUUCCCACUGACUGGUAAAGGUGUGGCCCUCACCCAUCUUUAGCCAAGAGGACCUGAGCUGUGUGCUGUGUUCUGAGGACUUACAGAAAACGUUUAUUUUCUUCAUGGACAUUGUUGGUCUCAUGUGGUACUCAUGUGGUACGUGUGACACGUUUUCCAGCCUGCAAGUCAACCAACCUGGAGAACUGCUUGUCUUCUGUUGCUGUGGUCUCUGUGAUAAUAAAGACAUUAUUUAAGCCAUCA